AUGGCCUGGCGCAACCAAGGAAUCACUGGAUCCAACAACAUUCCUUUGGGUCGUCGUCGAUUUGGAGGUGAUGAAGGGCCAAAUGAUAGGAGCGAAACCCCAGGAUCGCCGGAUGCUGGCUUGAAGCGUGGGAGAAGCCCUGUCCGAGCUAAUCCCCCUGCUGAUGGAGCUAAGAAACGGAAGAAGAGAAAUCGAUGGGGCGAUGCUCAGGAGAACAAAGCCGCAGGGCUCAUGGGUCUUCCAACUCUUAUUAUGGCGAAUAUGACAAACGAACAGCUAGAGGCUUAUACCUUGCAUCUUCGGAUCGAGGAAAUCAGUCAGAAACUUCGAAUCAACGAUGUUGUCCCUGCGGACGGUGAUAGGUCGCCUUCGCCAGCUCCCCAGUACGACAAUUUUGGUAGACGUGUCAAUACUAGGGAAAAUCGUUAUCGGAAACGCCUGGAAGACGAGCGACACAAGCUGAUUGAAAAGGCCAUGAAAGUCAUUCCUAACUAUCAUCCGCCUUCUGAUUAUAGGCGCCCGACCAAGACACAGGAGAAAGUCUAUGUCCCAGUGAACGACUAUCCAGAGAUUAACUUCAUUGGCUUACUUAUCGGACCUCGAGGCAAUACAUUGAAGACAAUGGAAUCAGAAUCAGGCGCCAAAAUUGCCAUUCGCGGAAAAGGGUCCGUGAAGGAAGGCAAGGGCCGUUCCGAUGCCGCUCACACUAGCAACCAAGAAGAGGAUCUCCACUGUCUAAUUAUGGCAGAUACGGAAGAGAAAGUCAACAAAGCGAAGAAGUUGAUUCAUAACGUUAUCGAAACCGCCGCCUCUAUUCCUGAAGGCCAGAACGAGCUGAAGCGCAACCAACUACGUGAACUUGCGGCGCUCAACGGAACUCUUCGUGACGACGAGAACCAGGCCUGUCAAAAUUGCGGACAAAUCGGUCAUCGUAAAUAUGACUGUCCGGAGAAACGCAACUUCACCGCCAACAUCAUAUGUCGGGUUUGUGGAAAUGCAGGUCAUAUGGGCAAAGAUUGUCCAGAUCGACCACGAGGCUCUGAUUGGCGCAACCAUGGCCCUAGCAUGCGUAAAGGCACUGGGGACGCUGUUGAUCGAGAGAUGGAGCAACUCAUGCAAGAAUUGGGCGGAGGUCCUUCCAGCACUGGGGAGGCACCACGACGCAUUGAAGCCGGGCCUGGAGGGUAUGAUCAAGGCAAUAACUACGGUGAACAACGUGACCUCAAACCAUGGCAAAGAGGUCCCACUGGCGGCCCCGCUCCUUGGCAACGACGCGAUGAUCGCCGGGACGAUCAAGGCCAGCGUGAACAGGGUACAGCGCCUUGGGCGACUGGAGGCCGUGACCGUGACCGGGCAGAUCGCGGUGGUGAUCCGUAUGGGUACGGAUCUCAAGGUACUGGAUACGGCGCUGCGCCUGGUGCUGCCGCUCCCUGGCAACAGCAAGCACCUCCUCCUCCUCCCCCCCCCGGAGGACAGGCUGGAUAUGGAUAUGGAGCAUAUCCUGGAUAUAGUGGAUCUCAAGCCAUGGGUGCACCCCCAGGGCUCAGCGGCUCUCUACCACCGCCACCUGGCAUGGGAACGAUGUAUCCGGGCUAUGGGGGAGCGAACCCACCCCCACCACCUCCGCCGGCUGAUGGCCCACCACCACCGCCCCCAAGCGACCAGCCUCCUCCACCUCCGCCUCCAGCAUAA